UCCCGGAGCAGCAGCGCCUGCACGGACCUGGAGUCCAUGUUACGCUUUGUCUAAUUCCCCUCGUUACAGAGUCAUGUGCUGCUGCUCCGGUCGCCGCCGCUGCCGCCGCCCGAGGUGCCCGGGCUCCUCCGCCGCGCUUCGAGGUGGCCGCCGCGGGCGGGGCCGCGGGAGCAGGGUCCAGGGCGCCGCGCGCCUCCGCCGCCCCGCUGCGUCCCGGUGCAGCCGCCGCCCGCCGCAGGUGAUGCCGCCACCUCCCGCCUCAGCAUAAGCCGUGGCUCGGCGGCCGAGCUGCCUGGGCUGCCCCCCAAGGGAUCCUUUAUUUGGGGUAUCUCUUACGGAUGAAGAAAUAAGGUUUUGGUUUCUUAAAAACGCCUGCCACAGUGAAGAAAAGCUGCUACAGGUCGAGGGAGGAGAGAGAGGAAGUGCACGGCUGUCUGUAACGUGCUGCCGGGUCCCAGGAUGGAGGAGUGAAGUCUCCGCGUUGCGGCGGGUUCCAGCCUGCGGAGCCCACCGGAAGCCGAGUCCCUGGAGAGCGCCCUGAGGGAGCAGGGUGGCCGCCUGGUCCAGCCUCCAAGCGUCGUUGCAUUUCCAGCAGAGUACCUGGUGCCCAAGUGUUUAAUAAAUGUUGGUAGAAUUCAUAAACAGGAAUGUUUACCCUUGCAGAAGUUGCUUCACUUAAUGACAUCCAGCCAACUUACCGGAUCCUGAAGCCAUGGUGGGACGUGUUUAUGGAUUACCUGGCUGUCAUUAUGCUGAUGGUAGCCAUCUUCGCAGGAACCAUGCAACUUACCAAAGAUCAGGUGGUCUGUUUGCCAGUAUUGCCAUCUCCUGUAAAUUCAAAGGCACACACACCACCAGGAAAUGCCGACGUUACCACCAACAUCCCGAAGAUGGAGGCAGCCACUGACCAAGAUCAACAUGGGCAGGCGACAAAUGACAUUUCCUUUGACACAUCUGCUGUGACACCUGACAUACCUCUCAGAGCCACAUAUCCUCACCCAGAUUCCACAGUUACAAAUCAGGAGGCAAAGAAAGAGAAGAAGGAUCCAACAGGCCGAAAAACAAACUUGGAUUUUCAGCAAUAUGUAUUUAUUAAUCAGAUGUGUUACCAUCUGGCCCUUCCGUGGUAUUCUAAGUACUUUCCAUACCUUGCUCUUAUACAUACUAUUAUUCUUAUGGUCAGUAGCAACUUUUGGUUCAAAUAUCCCAAAACAUGCUCAAAAGUAGAACAUUUUGUUUCAAUAUUAGGAAAGUGCUUCGAAUCUCCUUGGACUACGAAAGCGUUGUCUGAGACAGCGUGUGAAGACUCGGAGGAAAACAAGCAGAGAAUAACAGGUGCCCAGACUCUACCAAAGCACGUGUCUACCAGCAGUGAUGAAGGGAGCCCCAGCGCCAGUACCCCAAUGAUCAACAAAAGUGGCUUUAAAUUUUCAGCUGAGAAGCCCGUGGUUGAAGUUCCCAGCAUGACCAUCCUGGAUAAAAAGGACGGAGAACAGGCCAAAGCCCUGUUUGAGAAAGUGAGGAAGUUCCGUGCCCAUGUGGAAGACAGUGACUUAAUCUAUAAACUCUAUGUGGUCCAAACAGUUGUCAAAACUGCCAAGUUCAUUUUUAUCCUCUGCUAUACGGCAAACUUCGUCAACGCAAUCAGCUUUGAACAUGUCUGUAAGCCAAAAGUCGAGCACCUGACCGGUUAUGAAGUGUUUGAGUGCACCCAUAACAUGGCUUAUAUGCUGAAAAAGCUUCUCAUCAGUUACAUAUCCAUUAUUUGCGUGUACGGUUUUAUCUGCCUCUACACUCUCUUCUGGUUGUUCAGGAUACCUUUGAAGGAAUAUUCUUUUGAAAAGGUCAGAGAAGAGAGCAGUUUCAGUGACAUUCCAGAUGUCAAAAACGAUUUUGCGUUCCUUCUACACAUGGUAGACCAGUAUGACCAGCUAUAUUCCAAGCGUUUUGGUGUGUUUUUGUCAGAAGUCAGUGAAAAUAAACUUAGGGAAAUUAGUUUGAACCAUGAGUGGACAUUUGAAAAACUCAGGCAGCACGUGUCACGCAACACCCAGGACAAGCAGGAGCUGCAUCUGUUCAUGCUGUCGGGUGUGCCCGAUGCUGUCUUUGACCUCACAGACCUGGAUGUGCUAAAACUUGAACUGAUUCCAGAGGCUAAAAUUCCUGCUAAGAUUUCUCAGAUGACUAAUCUCCAAGAGCUUCACCUCUGCCACUGCCCUGCAAAAGUUGAACAGACUGCUUUUAGCUUUCUCCGAGAUCACUUGAGAUGCCUUCACGUGAAGUUCACCGAUGUGGCUGAAAUUCCUGCCUGGGUCUAUUUGCUCAAAAACCUUCGAGAGCUGUACUUGAUAGGCAAUUUGAACUCUGAAAACAAUAAGAUGAUAGGACUUGAAUCUCUCCGAGAGUUGCGGCACCUUAAGAUUCUCCACGUGAAGAGCAAUUUGACCAAAGUCCCCUCCAACAUUACAGAUGUGGCGCCACAUCUGACAAAGUUAGUCAUUCAUAAUGACGGCACUAAACUCUUGGUACUGAACAGCCUUAAGAAAAUGAUGAAUGUCGCCGAGCUCGAGCUCCAGAACUGUGAGCUAGAGAGAAUUCCACAUGCAAUUUUCAGCCUCUCCAACUUACAGGAACUGGAUUUAAAAUCAAACAACAUACGCACAAUUGAAGAAAUCAUUAGUUUCCAGCAUUUAAAACGACUCACUUGUUUAAAAUUAUGGCAUAAUAAAAUCGUUACCAUUCCUCCCUCCAUUACCCACGUCAAAAACUUGGAGUCACUUUAUUUCUCCAACAACAAGCUCGAAUCCUUACCAGUGGCAGUGUUUAGUUUACAGAAACUCAGAUGCUUAGAUGUAAGCUACAACAACAUUUCAAUGAUUCCAAUAGAAAUAGGAUUGCUUCAGAACCUGCAGCAUUUGCAUAUCACUGGGAACAAAGUAGACAUUCUGCCAAAACAAUUGUUUAAAUGCGUUAAGUUGAGGACUUUGAAUCUGGGGCAAAACUGCAUCUCCUCCCUCCCAGACAAAAUUGGUCAGCUCUCCCAGCUUACCCAGCUGGAGCUGAAGGGCAACUGCUUGGACCGCCUGCCAGCCCAGCUGGGCCAGUGUCGCCUGCUCAAGAAAAGCGGUCUUGUUGUGGAAGAUCACCUUUUUGACACCCUGCCACUCGAAGUCAAAGAAGCAUUGAAUCAAGACAUAAAUGUUCCCUUUGCAAAUGGGAUUUAAACUGAGAUAAUCCGUGCACAUCCAUGUGCCAGAACAGCUUCCUAGAUUGCAAGAGCUCACGUACAAGUUAUUGCAAAAUAAUGCGUUUUAGGAGUAGACACAUCUUUAAAAAUAAAACACAGAGAGGAUGCAUAGAAGGCUGAUAGAAGACAUAACUGAAUGUUCAAUGUUUGUAGUGUUUUAAGUCAUUCAUUUCCAAAUCAUUUUUUUUCUUUUUGGGGAAAGGGAAGCAAAAAUUAUAAUCACUAAUCUUGGUUUCUUUUUAAAUUGUUUGUAACUUGGAUGCUGCCGCUACUGAAUGUUUACAAAUUGCUUGCCUGCUAAAGUAAAUGAUUAAAUUGACAUUUUCUUACUAUA